CGCUCCUCUCGCGAUACUUCCUCGGUGGCUCGCCAGCAGUAUGGCCGCCGUGGCGCUGAGGUCCUGCCGCAGAGGACUUUCACAGAUUUUUACUAAUGGAGGAUUGUCUGCUCUCUCUACAACGUACCUGAAAGUCGACAGGAGACACAAGUCCACAGUUCAAUAUGCCUCACGACCAGACCUCCCUAAACUAGCCUACAGAAGAGUGAAAGGAAAGACCCCAGGUGUAGUCUUUCUCCCUGGGUAUGGCUCUAACAUGAAUGGACAAAAGGGGGAAGCGUUGGAAGAGUUCUGCAGGUCACUAGGUCACUCUUGUCUAAGGUUUGAUUACACAGGGCAUGGGGCAUCAGAAGGAGUGCUUGCAGAAGGAACAAUUGGCACGUGGAAAAAAGAUGUUCUUUUUAUAUUGGAUGAGUUAGUAGAGGGUCCUCAGAUACUGGUAGGGUCAAGUAUAGGUGGGUGGCUGAUGUUGCUGGCAGCGAUAGCACGCCCAGAGAAAAUAGCUGCUCUCGUGGGCAUCUCUACUGCAGCUGAUCACAUUGUAACAUCAUUUAACUCUCUUCCACUGGAGACACGAAAAGAGUUCGAAGAGAAAGGAGAGUGGGUGGUACCCACCAAACACUCAGAGGAGGGGUUUUAUAAGUUUAACAUGGACUUUCUUCGUGAAGCAGAAAAUCACUGUGUUCUCCAGAGUCCCAUCCCCAUCACCUGCCCUGUCCGCCUCAUUCACGGGCUCAAAGACGAGGAUGUCCCCUGGCACAUCUCUAUGCAGGUGGCCGAGCGCAUUCUCAGUCCAGAUGUAGAUGUCAUCUUAAGGCGACAUGGUCAGCAUCGUAUGUCUGACAAGGAUGACAUCAAGCUUAUGGUCUACACCAUUGAUGAUCUUAUAGACAAGUUAACCACAAUGGUUUAAGAGUCAGCCUCUGGCCUCCUGUGGUGAAGGACUGUGAUUGCUGUGAAUGCAAACCUCGAGGGAAUUACCAAACAGCACCUUCCUCUACCAAAUAUGACCUGCACCCCUCUAUUUACUGUCAUUUUAUCAAUGUUACAGAAAAGGAACCUCCUACCCCUCACACCUGAUAUUGCCAUGUAUAUGUAUGUAAUUCAGGACAUCUGAGUGUUAUGUUGGUAAGCUUUUACCUGAUCUGCCAAUGCCCUGUCUUUUCCACUGUUCUGGUUUUGAACAGCUUUUUAUUCUGUUUUAAUUAGAUGCAUAGUUCCCUGUGCCUUUUUUAAUCUGUGUAUCUGUUUGGCCAAUUAAAGCUCUUCUCACUGAUACAAA